AUGACGAAUGAAUUAUUAUUACAACCAAAAUUAAAACGACGACGAAUCAUGAUUAUUAGUGGUGAUGAAAGUGUUAUAGAUGAAAUUCAAAAAACUAAUAAUAUUUCAUUAUGUAAAUCAAUUAUAUUAGAUACUCUAGAUGAAGAUAUACCAAUUUCACAUUUCGAAACUGAAACAACAAAUCAAAAGAAACAACAGAAUAUUUCAUUGAUUUGUACUAUUUGUGGUUCAAAUGCAAGUGGAUAUAAUUUUGAUGUUAUUUCAUGUGAAAGUUGUAAAUCUUUUUUUCGUCGUAAUGCUUUAAGAUAUUCACCACUUAAAUGUCUACAUCAAGGUACUUGUGAUGUUAGUUUUAAUUUACGUCGUCAUUGUUCAGCAUGUCGUUUAACAAAAUGUUUCAAUAGUGGAAUGCGUCGUGAACGACUUUUAAUAGCAGAACAAAAAGCAGAAAUACGUCGUCAUAGACGAGAAAAUCAAAAUUUAAAUAUAAAUGAUCAAGAAUCUCAACUAUCAUUAACUUUACCAUUAAAUGAUUUAUCUUCAAUAUUAGAUCAAGAACUUUCACUUUUUUCUCAAUGUUUACAAGAACAUUCUGUACAAUCUAAAAAAACAUUACUUAGUCCAGAAGAUUUACAACGUUUAGAAUCAAUACAAUUUUUCUAUCAAAAACGUAUUGAACUUGCUCGUGAUGGUCUUCCAUUAAAUUCAUCAUCUAUACCUACAACAACAUUUUUACAACAACUUAAUAGUCAUUCAAUUCCACUUUUAAGACUUUUAACAUUUUUUAAACAAAUACCAGAAUUUAAUGAAUUAAAUGUUGAUGAUAAAGUUAUAUUAAUUAAAUUUAAUCUUCUUCCACUUUUAUGUAUUAAUUGUACACUUUCAUAUAAAUCUGAAACAGAUCAAAUAAUUGAAAGUGAUUCUGAUAUACCAUGGGAUCCAUCUGUAAUUCAAACAGUUUAUGGUAUAGAUGGUUUUAAUGAAAUAAAAAAAAAUUUUGAUCAAUUUUUAUAUAUUGCAAAAUAUGAUCAAAAAAUAAUUCAAUUAAUACUUAUUACUUUUAUGUUAACAAAAGGUUUUUCAGUAGCUGCAAUUGAUGAACCAAUAUUAAAUGAUUCUAUAGCUGUAUAUCGUGCACAAAAUUAUUAUAUUGAACUUUUAUGGAAAUAUAUGAUAACAGUUCAUGGAUUUGAAAUAACUAUUCAAAUAUUUAAUAAACUUAUAGCAUAUUUUAUAACAUGGCAAGCAUCACAAAUUAAAAUUCGACAUAUUAUUGAACAAAAUUUAUUAUCAACAAAUAUUAAUGAAAUAUUACCAUUUAUGAAAGCAAUAUUACAUAUUUCAUAA